AUGGUGCUACGCUGGAUUGGAACCAGCGGGAACUUGGUAGUCCAGUUCGAGCCGCUGACGAGCAGGAUCUGGGCGCAUCCCUUCGAUGACGCCCCAAUAGAAAUUAUUGGUGACCAACCGUGGCGAAAUUUGGAUAUUAUGACGGCGCUCAACUACCUAUUGCACUCACGUCCCACGCGAGACGUUCAAAAAGACGCUGGCCAUAUGCUCGAAGCGAUCCAGAGUG